CGAACAACCUGCCGCAGACAUGAGAACUGAUAGUCUGCCCCUUACCUCAAUCCCCUCGUCAUCGGCAAUUCCACUUCUCCAUCGCAGCCCGCCCAAGUAGGAAGGUUUCAAGCCGCAGCUGUUACGAAAUGGAUCCUCCACCAAAUUCUGCCAACAUGUUCGGCUAUGCGUCGGGCAGCAUGAACCCAGUAAACAUCUCCCACCGACACAUGGUGCCAGCCCGACUCCCUGGCUAACAGCUUCAGAACCAAAAUGACAUGAUGGCGCUCCUUGACAGCCCCAUGUUCAGCAACUUUGAAGGAGUCCAAAUGCUCGACGGCCUCCCCUCGUACGACACAUCGGCCCAACAGCAGCAUCACUAUCCAUCCAUAUCCGACACAUCAAGUACCCAGAAUAUGGCUCAUUCUGACCGAUUUGGGUCCAACGCUGAGGAUAGUCCAGUUGCGUCCACGAAUACGACCUACAAUACCCCUGUCGCGGCCACACAGCAGCCAUCAAGCUUACCUGGAGGCAGCACCUUGACCGAGUUUACAAAGCGCAGAAAUUGGCCAGCCAAGAUUGUCGAGGAACUCAAGGACUUCUUGCAGAUUCUAGACGCGCAUGGACGGGUCAAAUAUGUGUCGCCAAGUGUCACAACCCUGACAGGAUACUCGUCGGACGAGAUCGUCGACGCCUUCCUUAAGGAUCUUAUUCAUCCAGACGAUGUAGGCACAUUCACAUCCGAGAUGAAUGAGUCGAUAGCCACCGGUACCUCACUGCGCAUGUUCUACCGACUGAAAAAGAAGGAUGGUAGCUACGCCAUCUUCGAAUCGGUGGGCCAUGCACAUAUUGCCUCUGCCAAAUUCGCUCCCAAUCCCGACAACAAGACGCCAUUCUGCCAAGCUGUUUUCGUCAUGUCGCGGCCAUAUCCCACGAGGAAUGCUCAGCUUUUGGACUCUUUCCUGGAGCACAAGAUAGAGAACGAAAGACUGCGACGACGGAUCAUGGAGUUGCGGCGUGAGGAGGAAGAGGAAGAGGAGGCGUCCCAGAAGAGCUGGCUUGAGAGUCAAGACGCGCCAUCAGUGACACCUUCAGAAGGCAUGGCAUCUUCGGCGGGCACGGCUUUCUACAAUCCCCAAAAUGCGGAUUCGCAAGCAAUGCCACCUCCGGAGAGACCGUCAUCAUUAAACAUGACGUUGACGAGAGAGAACCUGGAGGGUGCGACAGCUGGUGCGCGUCGCGACUCCAUCCGCGAUAAGAUGGCGAGAUACGAGGCCGCAUCCCAUACGGAUACUAUUGAGAUGCUAACAGGGCUGAGAUAUGUCGAGGGAGAGCGUAGCCUUGGAAUCACCACAGGGAAUGCCAGUCCGACUUUGGUCAAAGGUGAUGCUGGCAUCGCGAUUCCUAUCGACCGGGAUCCGCGGACCGGGGAGAAGAAGAAGAAGCUCAAAGUCGCCGAGGAGUAUGUUUGUACAGACUGCGGCACGCUUGACUCGCCCGAAUGGCGCAAAGGACCGAGUGGGCCGAAGACACUUUGCAACGCCUGUGGGCUCAGGUGGGCCAAGAAGGAAAAGAAGAAGAACGCCGGUGGUGCAGCCUCCUCUGGCCACAGCCAGUCGAUGAAUAUGGCUGAGCCUUGAAGUGCAGUCCAGCACGGCUGGAGACUAUAGAAAAUUGGGUUUGGCGCAUGGCUUACAGACUUUAUAUCCAGGUGUUGCAUCAUUGGAGAAACGGUUCUCGGCAUCGGUGUCCAGGGAAAAUAUAAGGGGAGGGUACUUUACUUAUUUGAUGGUUGUUUUUGAUGCUUUACAUACGUGUGU